CGAGUUCCUCAUGCUGAGCACCAAGCGUCUGGCUGAUGUGGGUUACCGCGUCUUCUCCGGGUCCAUGAUGCUGCUGACCAUGUACGGAGGCUACCUUUGCGCCAUGCGCGGCUACCGCUACAUGCUGAGACAGAAGCAGCUCAAACUGGAUGCACAGAAUCAGAACAUCGACUCUGAGAUCGUCAAGGACUGAUCAUACGUUCAUACAGUAGCGGCCGGGUCUCGUCUCCAUGGCGACGAGAUCCCACCCACAUCCAUGUAUGGAUGGCAAAUACAGAUUUCAAUGAAGCGUAAAAAUGUGUUAUUUUGUUUAACUCUGGUUUUUCUGUUGUAAUAUAUUAAAUAGUAAACAAAUUAAAAACG